CGGACAGUCGGUGUCGCGCCAGGCCCCCGUUUGCGGCUAGCCAAGCAAGCAGCAAGCAGUCGCAAUCCCGUCGCCUAACCAGCAUUGCUCGCCUUAUCUUUUCACCCUCUUACAAAAUCGCAUCGAGGCUUCCGUCAGCUGCAUAUAUUUGCCCCGUUCCAUCAGCCGGUCCCUCCGACGUCGUCUAUCGUCGUUCACCGUCGCCAUUGCCGCCGCCACCGCCGCCGUCGCCGCUGCUGCCUACUGCCGCCGUCAUCGUCGCACACGCAGUACGUCGUCGUUAUUGCCCUCGCAAUAGUCGUCCAGUCGCGCGUGGUUCAUAUAGCAGCGGCUUUGUAGAAAGGAUAAAUAAUACGCGAGCGAAUAUACGAGUAUAACCAGGGACCUUGUGAAUCGAGUAAGCUGAUUAUGAGUUUGAACGGUGUUGAGCAGCUCAGCAUGCAUCCGGGCCAACGUUGUUAAAAGUGAAAACAAGUUUUACCGUGGUUUUGUGUCGCGAUCCCGCUGAUUGACCGGAACAGUACAGUGAGAGUACAAGAAUUUCUGCCAUUUCUCGUUGCUCAGUGAGAAAGAGAGCAAGUGCACCGUUUCAAUAUUCGAGCUCGUAUGUCACACGUUAAAAGAGCAAAUCGUGUCAUCGACGGAAUAAGUGCUGACAAAUAAGAUAUAUAUAUUAUAUUUGCUUGGUGUGUUAUUCGUUACAACAGUGAGAGAAGUUUCAAGUUUUGAAGAAGCAACGAAGGAAGGCUCACCGACCGCCUAACCUGUCACGGUGACCGACAUCACGGCGAGAUCGCGGCUGAUACCUCCGCGUGUUCCGGCGCAAGAACAGCAGAAACCGGAGGUGGACCGCGGGAGGAGCAAGGAGAGCGCUUCGAAUAAAUGACGUGAAUCGAAGGAAACGGAAACGCAACGUCGCUCGCUAACUCGCAAUCCCCCUUCCCUCCCUCGCCAACACCUUCCCCAAUCACUCAUUCUGACCUUUCCCUUCCCUUUAGCCACGAUUCACGACCCUUCGCAACCUGACCUCUGCCCUUGUCUUUCACCUGCUUCGUCGCGAACCGCCUUCUAGCGCUUACUGUAUCUCUUUAUCUAUCUUCUUUCUAAUCAACCAAUUUUCAUCCCUUAGAAAUUCACUCCCCCUUUCAACAUCCUUCCUCCUUUGGAUUCGAGUUUGUUGAUAUAUAUAUAUAUACACACUUAUACACACACACGUACACGCAACGAUCAGCAGAUAAAAAAAAAAAAGAUAAUUAAGAAAACAUACGUACAAUAAGGCUGGUGGUCGACGUACAGCUUUCUCAAGCUUUGCCUUCCUCCCUGCGAAAAAAAGUACACGCUCUUCGGUUUAAAGCUAAAGCUCGACUUCCAUCGCGCGAAGAUUACAGACGGAAGAUUGGAAGAGUUGUCCUGAAGAAAAGCAGCUCGAAAUCGAACAAACCUAAAGCCUAAUCGUUGUCGGUAAAAGAGAAAGAAAAAAAAAAAGCGAAACAAGUAGAGUACUUUGGGGUUUGUUCACACUUUCUUCCAACGGUGAGAAUCUCCUUCGCCUCCUGCCGCUUCUUUACUCUCUGCAAUCCUGUUCGACCCGACACCAUCGAUCCACCGUGAAAGAAACGAAAAAAAAAAGAUAUAUAUAUAUAUAUAUAAAAAGAAGCUCUCUCUCUUUAUCUCUCUCUCUCAUUCUCUCUCUCUCUCUCUUUCUCUCCGUGUGUUGUUGUUGUUGUUGUUUGUUGAGAAAAUAAUUUGAAAACGGCUCAGCUGGCCCGGUGUAUGCAGUUGACGAAGAGCAAUCAGAGGAAAGAAAAGAACGGUGACGAGUUUCUAAGUAGUUCGUAUAGAUUCAGUUCUUUUUCGUUCGAUUCGGUUUGACUUGAAUCGCGAGCAUUUCUCCAUACGGUGUUCCGAUAAUUCUAACGCGACAACGAAUAGUUAGGGAGAUCCCGACGUUUAGUUUUUUCCCCGCGAAUAUAUCGCCGCGCGUGUUUUUUUCCAUCACGUCCACAAGGAAGAUAGAAGACCUCCGACAGCUUUGCCAAAAGGGACGCGUUCAUGGAACAAUAAAGAGAUUUUUGAGAAAGUGAACGCGAACGAAAGGAGGCAAGGCAUUGCACGGAGACGCAGAUCAGUGGACGAAGAGGAUAAAUUAAAGUCGGUAUAGAAAGCCGGAUUUUGUGUAGCCCUAGUAAGGAGGAGUUCCCCCGUUGGUCUUCCAGGAGUUGGAAGUAUGGCAAUGGUCAACAUGAAUAACCUACUGAACGGCAAGGACUCCCGAUGGCUGCAGCUUGAGGUUUGCAGGGAGUUCCAACGCAACAAGUGUACUAGGCCUGACACGGAGUGCAAGUUCGCCCAUCCGCCAGCUAACGUCGAGGUGCAGAAUGGACGGGUCACUGCUUGCUACGACAGUAUUAAGGGUCGAUGUAAUCGGGAUAAACCACCCUGCAAAUAUUUCCAUCCACCGCAACAUCUGAAGGACCAGCUUUUGAUAAACGGGCGCAAUCAUUUGGCGUUAAAGAAUGCGCUAAUGCAACAAAUGGGUCUGACACCGGCCCAGCCACUCGUACCUGGCCAGGUACCAACAGUGGAGGCACCGGCACCUCCGGCACCACACCAUCACCUUCAACAGCAAAUCCAGCAGCAACUUCUCGCUACCCACGCCUUUAUGGCGACGAAUCCGUACCUGACCGGUAUGCCGCAGGUUGGCAACACCUACAGCCCGUAUUUCGCCCCCAGCCCCAUCAUGCCGGCGAUAAUGGGACCGGCUGAUCCCACAGGAGUAGGAAGCCCCCUUGGCGUGGUGCCGCAAGCGGUGGCGAUGCCGCAGAAGAUGCCGCGUACUGACCGCCUCGAGGUAUGUCGCGAGUUUCAACGCGGGGCGUGCAAACGCGGCGAGACGGAGUGCCGGUUUGCGCACCCCCUCGAGACGGUGCAGGCGAACGAGGACGGCUCUGUGACGGUCUGCAUGGACGCUGUCAAGGGCCGAUGCAAUCGGGACCCCUGCCGCUAUUUCCACCCCCCUCUGCACCUUCAAGCCCACAUUAAGGCCGCACAAUCUCGGGCUAGCAUUGCGACGGCGACUAUGCCAACGAACGUGGCGGGAAUGGGCGCGUUGGCUAGCGGAGUGUCAGGAGUGCCGGCAACUGCGGUUCCCGGAGGACUUCAGAGUGCCAGUAUGGCGAGCAUCGAACUCGGCAAGAAGCGGAUGCGCGACUCCAAUGAUGAUCUGCUAAUGAUGGACAUGAAGUCUGUCGGAUCGUUCUACUACGAGAACUUUGCCUUCCCAGGAAUGGUUCCGUAUAAACGACCGGCGUGCGACAAGUCCGGCAUGCCGGUCUAUCAGCCAACCGGCGCGACGACCUAUCAACAGUUAAUGCAGCUGCAGCAGCCGUUCGUGCCUGUGUCAUGUGAGUACACUGGAACACCACCCCUACCCACCCAAACCUCUAACCAAUCGGUCGUGCAACCCUCGAACGUGCAAAGCAACCACCACGCGGUGGUGGUUCAGUCCUCCUCCUCCUCUCAGGGAACCGGCGGUGCGACAGUGAAUAACUGCGCCGACGCCAACAAUGGCGUGCUGAUGGAUCCCUGCAACAACCCGCCGCCACCACCUCCGACUGGCGAAAGUAACAGUAACAAUAAUAACGGCUCUAACAAGCAGUCGAAUGCAACUCAGAAUCACGAAGCCGAAAAUACGCAUAAUUCCCCCGAAUUGAAUCACUCGAGUCCUUCGACGAUCUCGCAGCAACAGCAGCAUCAACAGCAACAGGCUCAACAGCAACAGCAGCAGGCCCAACAGCAGGCCCAACAACAGGCCCAACAACAGGCCCAUCAACAGGCUCACCAACAGGCCCAACAGCAGGCCCAGCAGCAGCACCAGCAACAGUUACAACAGCAGCAACAGCAACAUCAGCAAUCGAUAGCUAAUCAAUUGGCAUUGUCAGGUGCUAGCGUGCAGUCCGCAAUGAGCCCGUUAACUUCGGUCGCAGGUAUGACCUCGAUGCCAGGUGUAGUAAAUAUGGCCUCGAUGGCCUCGAUGGCUUCCAUGGCCUCCAUGACGAACCAUCCAUCGAUCACCAACAUGGCAUCGAUGUCGAACUAUAACGCUUCGAACAUGGCUAGCUUGAACAUGCUGAACAGCCUGGGCAUGGCGUCUGGUCUGCCUGCUCACCUAGACCCAGCCGCCCUUGCUAAAGAGAUGGCCCAGAAGAACUACGCGAAGGCCAUCAAACUGUCUCAGGCGUCCCAGUCGUACGGUAUCAAUCAGCUAACAGCUUUGAAUUACACAGGUGUUGCUCUGAACAAGCAGGCCCUGGUGAAUCCUGCCGGGGCAGGUAACCCGGCGGUGGCUGGAUUACAAGCAACGGCAACUACCCCCAGACAGGUGAUCCCGAACCUGGCCGGUAUUCCUGGCGCAUUGACGUCACCGUUGUCCGCUGGAAUCUUGGCAUACUCCCGGCCACCGGCCGGCACCCCGAUUAAUCCUUAUUCCCUGAUGAGACAAAACAUCCUGCCGAAUCCUUACGCCUCGAUACCGACCGUUCCUGGCGCUGCCGCUGCCGCAGCGGCCGCAGCUGCCGUACAGGGCAGCCCUUACGUACAGAACCCAUACACGGUGCUGCCAGGUGUUGCCAGUGUUCCCGGUGGAGUCGCCACCGCCGGGGUACCGGGUGUCCCACAGAUACCGCAGAUUCCUAACGCGGCCACGAUCGCCGCGCAACCUCAGGUCGCCAUUCCGGUCAGUUCUGGGGUGAUCAUGCAACCGUAUAAAAAAAUGAAAACCUCGUAAACGAAACAUUGCCCUGUUGAUGGGGGGAGGCUCGCCAAAGGCACCCCUCCCAUCAUCGAGAGCGUUCUGGUUCCUUCUUCUGGCUGUUCUACGUUCUCUCUUUCGAUUCGUGAACGUUGCGCGUCGUUCUUUUCCUGCCCCCCCCCCGUCGCUUGUUCAGCGAUACGUUCCGACGCUUCGAUGUGUUACUUUCUUCGAUUACUUCAUCGAAUUUCUUUCGCCGAGAAGUAGCGUUUUAAUGAUGCUAGGAAUUGUUCGCGAUGAACGAGACGGGCGCCGCGUUCCUGUCCACGAAAGAGGAAGUGUCUAGUGAACGGGAUUUGAGAAACGAAAGAUUGAAAUUAAAAAAGAAAAAGAGGGGGGAGAUUAACAAGCAGGCAUACAAGCAUACAAGAGUUUCGAAAAUAGAUUCGUUUUCUAGUCAGACAUUGUCGGUGAACAGUGCCUUAUUGAACCCGAUUCCACUUGGAGCGUUUCGAACCUAAUCUAACGAAGGAUGUAUAACUACCCAGAAACCAUUGAAUUUUCCUCGUUUUAUCCUUUCGUUGCGACAAUAAUUCGAUCGAGCAUACACUCUCGAUUUGAUGUGCCCUUCUUUCUGUUAUAUCAACAGACGAAUAUUCGUUUCGCGCUGCACAAACGAUCGGGAAUUACAUUUCGAUCGCUGUUAUUUUCUUUUCUUCAACUAAUUUUCCUCUACCACGUUUUUCUUUCCUUAGGUUGUAGAAAAUUUUAUCUCGUCACCGCCGGUUGACGAUAAUCAUUUUAAGUUUGUUGAAAUUUCUAUCGCAAUCCCGCGACCGUGUUUUACCUUUGUUUCGGAUGUUUAUUCUGAUUGUUAUAAUGUCGUCGAGAAACGAAAAGAAGAAAUCGUUCCUUCCGAAAGUUUUGUCGGCCUGUUUAUUGAAAUUUCUUCGUUUGUUCCCUGUGUUAAGAUGGACGGAAACGAUUCUCGGCCUAAGUCACGUACUUGCCUACUAAUCAUAGAGUUUCUAUUGUCUUGGUCAGUCGUUUAAGUCCAUUCUUAGUCGGUAUCUUGUUGUAUAAAUAUAGAAGUUAUACGGUACAGUGCGCGCACACAUAGUCCAUUUUAUUUUAUUCGCUUAUUGUUCGUUUAUCGUUUUCUUUUUUCUUUUGUUAGAUUUUAAUUUUUAUCAUUUAACGUAGGCUACUCUUAAAGAGACACCGAUGGAAGGGGUCAGAGAAAGAUAGAAGGUUUAAUACUUUUUACGAGAUUGACACUUUUUAAAUGUGUUUUAUAUCGUCCGGAGGCUUCUCUUCUCGUUUUGACAUCACGCACACACACGCGGUGUCGUUAAUUUUUAAUCCGAUAACGUUUUUCGAUCUCUGCCCUUUCCUCCUUAGUUUUAGAGACUAGCUAAACUGUAACGUAUGUUUCCUAUGAACACCUUGCACAUCGAUGAUGAUGUUAAAAAAAAAAGUGAAGAUAAACGUCAUCGUUUGUUCGGCCUCUUAAUUCGUACAAUGAACGGUACACGCAUAAAUUGUAGUGUAGGGGCUAUAGCCUCCUAGUACUAUGUAUGUAUACAUAGAUAUACACGGUACAGGGUGUUUCAAAAGCAGUGCAACCUGAAAAACGAGUAAAAAUUAUGGAAAUAUGACUUAUAUUGUAAAAUUAUUAAUUUUUCAUUAUAAUUAGGAUAUAAUUAGAAUAAUACGUACUUUUAACAAUUUUAUUUUAUUUUAUUUGAAAGUUUUUAAAACUCUAAAUAUAUGUAGUUAUAUAAUAUAUGUUUCAAUGUUGUUUUUUAACUAGUUUUCAAUUUAUAAUUAAGAAAAUUAAUUUGAAAGAUUCGUUCUAUAAUUUGGACUUGCAUCUUGGAUAUAGAAUCAGCCCCUUUUGCCACGCCCUGUACGUAACCACAUACGUACACACGAAUAUAUACAUACAUACACGUACGAGAACCUCCAUAAACAUUUAUAUAUAUAUAUAUAUAUAUUUAUUUAUCUAUAAUAUGUAAUAGCGUGUGAAAGAUAGAGGUAUCCUAUAAUUGUCCUACAAGGAUUCAAUUCGGGGGAGUUUAUUGCACAUGCAGUGAACCUUGUCAAUUGCGAUACAUGAGCUUACGCAUUUAACCGGAAAAAAAGAGAAAUGAAACGGAACGAGAACAGACGAUAAAAGAAAGAGAAAAAAAAAAUAAUAAAAUAAUGCAUUUUAAAACAAGAUCAGAGAGGAGAGAGGAAGAUGGAAGACGGAGAAACGUUCCCCUCCAAAAAAUGAAAACGAAUACCAGAACGAAAAGAGUUCACUAAUUAAACGGCAUACAAUCGCACAAUAAACCUUCAAGAUAAUACACAGGCAUACAUAAAGAUAUAUAUACACAUAUGCGUCUUAAAGUAACGAAUAUUUGUGUACUACGAAGCGAGCGAGACGGAAGAUAUGUCCCCGGGAGCGAUAAAUGUACGAAGCUGUAAGAUAAGAAAAAAGUUAGGAAUAAUCUUUACGUUCUGCGUAACCGUACACGUGUGUGCCAGUGAUUUGAAUAAUAGUAGCUAACAAUGAAGAAGAAUAACACGUGUACACGUAUAUUAUAUUUAAAUGUAUUAUAACUACUAUACAUACCUAUAUACAUAUAUAUAUAAAUAUAUUUACACAUGUGUUGAUGUGUGUGUGCUUGUCGCUUGAAUACGCGUAUGUGUACAGUACCGAGCAUAGUACACUUCCCUAAAGAAACUGGCAAUAUAGAAGGCUCCAUCACUCGCCAUAUAAAUUUGGAACAAAAUUAAUAUAAUUUAUAAUCAUUCAAAUUUAAUAUAUUAAAUAUAAUUUUCUCCAUUAACGUGCGAGUAAUAAAGCCUCCUAUGGUGCUAUUUUUUUUUUUUUUUUAAGUUACUUUGUUCGACACUGUACACCCACGCAUUAUCGUUCACUGGUACGUACAGUGAUGAGAAAGAACACCAUAGAAACUUAGGAAAGAUUUAUCAGAGGCAAAGGCGAGAUUGAAAGGCAGCCUCCUCAUCCGAAUCGCGAAACACACACAUAAUCACACACGGCACAGCUGGGUGGUGUCCGGACACGCACAAAACGUCGAGCACGUGGUUUCCUUAUUUUUUAACGUUGUUCACGGGAAAUACCGUCUUCCAUAGCGACAGAAUUUGCAUAGACAUUUACGGAGCGAUUGCCUUUUAAUCUCGUACUGAAGAUAGAGGUUCCUCGGUAGGGUAAAUUGUCGCAUUCAUACACACAUACACACACGUUUUAACAUAUACGGUUGGUAAAUUACUUCGAAUGGCCUCCUGGAGUACAACAGACACACACAUGUUAUAAGCGUUUCUGAGGAGCCACACAUACAUACACCGAACUGACGAAUUCAUCAUUCCUCGGUUCCAUUGUUCACACAUGUACGUACACUAUCGAGAGGGUGGCUGGUUUUUUCUCUUAGAUUCCCAUCGGAACCCUGGAACUGCAUCUUCAUUUUCGUUGGGAAAUUUUCUCCUCUUCUAGGAACGUUCAUCUGAACGCCUUCGAGUCCAGGUUUGUUAACCAAAAUUAGGUGAAUCCUUAAAUGAAAUCAUUAAGAACUAGCACUUCUUCGAGAUCGUCGGUCCGAGUAGGUUUACUCGAUCGGGCUCGAACGUGAAAAUUCCACCAAAAGAACAUGCAGUCCUGCGUUUUCCGUACGGCAUCGAUCGAAAAACAGCGGAAGUGCCUUCCCCCCGCACUCGUACACCGUUGUACACGAAACGAUCCACGUGUACCAUAGUACACGAUGGAGUAACACGAGAGAGAGAGAGAAAGAAAGAGAGAGAGAUACGUUAAGAGAGCACCUACGUUUAAUAUGCCUACAUGAUAAUUAUAUUUAUAUUUAAAAUACGAUGAAAAAUGAAAGAUAAACGUAAAUCGUACGUAUUAUUAGUGUUGUGUACGGAUGUCGUGCAACCUCGCGUGUUGGCCUAAAACAUUACAGAACUGUUCUCUUCUUCUUCUUCUUUUUUCUUUUUUUUUUUAAAGAAAAAUUACAAACCUGUAGGACACGUUUAUCAUUUUCCAUACCGAUGAUAAAAUUCGCAUCGUACACGCGUGUUGCACGGUGUCUAUGGUAUUGGGUACCCGCGAGACGAUGAGAUUCACCCUGAAAGAAAUAGAACACGUCGUCCAUUUUCCAAUAUUCGAAGAAGAUAAAAAAUAAUGAACGAAUUAAACAGUACCGAUAUAGUUAGUGAUACAUACAUUACAUUACAUUGCAUAAAUAUAUAUAUAUUAUUAUUAUUAUUAUUGAAUAUAUAUAUAUAUAUAUAUUUAUAUGAAAUUAAUAAUUAGCCGUGUGUAGUCUGCGCUGUCGACUUAAAAAGAGAGAAAGAAAAGAGACGCUGUUUUAGUAACUGAGAGAACGAAUGAAAUGGAACGAUGAUGCAAAUGAGUCUUCGAGGUCCCGAAUGCGUUUUUUUGCGCGUGCACGCUCACGGGGUUUGUCAAGGAGUCAGCCAGUAUUUGUAAUAAUAAUGCUUGAGAAAUGCAUGAAUAUUUGUUUUAUUAAUGCUUCUUAUUUCAUCUCUUUCUAUUGAAAUGAAAACUUCCCAAACGAACUUGCUAAUCCUUUGUAAUAUAUAUGAUAUAGCGAUAUAUAUAUAUUCAAACAGAGUAAUAUAUAUAAUAUAUACACGUGAUUGUAUAUACAUAUAUAUAUUACGCAAAUUAUUGCUCACAAUUUUUAGCCUCGCUUCCUGCUUCCCUUGUUUUUAAUAUCCUUUCGACAAUCUGUUCGACUUGGUGCUUGUAUCGUAACUUUUUUAAAAAUAUUUAUCUAUGUUUUUUAUUAAUAUUUUUCUUUUCUUUUCAGUCAUUGAAUCGAAAUAAUUGUCAACAACGAUGAUGUUAUAAUUUUCAUUUUCUUUCUUUUUUUUUUUUUUUAGCAAUUUUCGUGAACCCGUUACUUUGAUUUUGUACAAUUAUUUUUGUUACAUUUUGUUGGAAAUAAGACGCGCACCUAGCCGACGCCAAGCACACGGUCAUUUCUAAAACCUUGUAGAUGUUAGCCGCUUUUUUAUUACGACGAACGCCAUAAGAACGAGCGUACGACUCGCUAUCUGUUUUCUUCUAUUUUCUAUUCUACCUCUUUCUCGUGUCUUUUGACCGUAAGAUUAUGUAUUAUACAGGAUAUCCCAUUUGUCGCUUCAUCGUUUUGAAUGUUUUUCCAGGUUUCAAGGAUUUCAUUGAACGUUUCUUGUGAAAUUUCUUUUCCAACGACUGAUCAUUGAAGUAUUUUUCCUUCUUUUCUUUUCUUUUCUUUUUUUUUUUUCGUUAAGGAUAUCGUUUCGUUAGGAACGUUUGUUUGAAAUGUAUAAAGGGGAUACGUUUAAAACGAUGAAGUCGAGUGGAGUGGACUGUAUAUGUAUUUUCAACAUUUUUCGUCUCUACCACAGCUUCUCCUGCGCUUUAGUUGCGAAAUUCGGAGGCACGGAGUGAUAUUUAGGUAUUAUUAACUGUAUAUCUCGUCGUGUCAAUAUCCAUCAUUCCUCGUCCAAUGAUUUUACCAACAAUCGCCACAUUAGACAUCCCAUCUCCUCUCUUACGUCUUUACUAAUAAUUUCUGCGAAGAAGGUCGAUGAUAUUGUACAUUUAACAAAUGUUUUUGUCCAGCAAGUAGAUCAAUGUUUCUUAAUCAAUUAUGAAAAUUUCAGUUUCCAUAUUUUGGCUCAGUAAUAAGUUCCGGCGAACUUGGUAAUUUCUAUAAUUUAACACGAGUUCGGUUAUUCUGUUGUUAAAUUAGAAUGAUCAAAGUUUAAUACAAUCCAAGUAAACCAUUUAACUUAAAGCGAUUAGAGUUUAGUGGAAUAUUCAGCGAUGGUAAUUAUAUUAGUAACACGGUUGUAUUAACCCUCGACCAUCGGAAUCUGGGUCAAUCGCAACCCUGACUUACAAAACAUAUACUAGAAUAUUAUCAUUUUUAAACGAAAAAGUUUCAUAGAAAAUUAAAUUAAAAUUGAGGCUCUCUCCAUGGUCCGCCGUUCGAGGGUUAAGAAAACGCAAGUUUCCAUCAGCCAAAUAUAAUUUUGUAGUUCGAUAUCGAAAGUGUACAUGUGCCAAAUAAUGAAAAUUGACCUUCUUCGAACCAAGCCUCGGUUCCUCGACUCGUUGAACAUCCAUGAAAAUAAAAAUCAGAUCAAAAGAAUUCUUCCAUCGAAAAAAUGAAUUCGAAGGAUGUUCAAUGGGUCGGGUAGCUGUUAUACCCAGCGUUCAGUCAGCUUCUUAUUCAGCUUCGAUUAUGUAUUAUUUCGCCAGCUAUAUCGCCUGCGUAAAAGAGUCGCGCGUUUACGUAUUUGAAUUGUUUUGUAAUUGCUUGGCACACGAAGAUAGGCCUUUGCAAACACGAGUCGUGUCUCGGUGUCUAAAAAGGCUAGCCAAAGGAAAGUGUCACCGAAACAGAGCCUGUACAUGCAUAUUAUAGUACAUAUUUAUAUGUAUCUAUCUAUAUAUUUAUACAUAUAUAUAUAUUACCUCUAUAUAUAUAAAAAAGAAAAGAAUAAUCCACGCUUUUGAUCGCAUCAAAUCUUCACACGUACUAUUUAUAUAUAUAUAUAUAAUACUGCGCCGAGGCCUCCUCACCUGUUUCGAUCGCUUUACAAAAAAAUUGCCUUGCGAUUCAAAGGCGAGAAGAGUGCUACGCAGAGAGAUAAAAAA